AAAAAAUGAGAAAGUAGUAGAGGACUGUACUAGACUAUACUAGUAGUGAGUGGCGGAAAAGAAAGUAUUAAUUCACAUCUUGAGAGUCCCUUGGUACUGGUAGCAACGAUUCAGAGACAUCCCCAUAUGACAUUUCAACAUCCACCAAAUACCCAACAACAACAACAACUUCUUCUUCUUCUUCUUCUUGUUAUAUAGAUAUCCACACCAUUCCAUUCCACUACUUGCAUUAAAUUAAAUUCCCAAUUUCUACCUACCAACCACUGCUUCUUUUAUUUUUCUUCCUACUUGCUAUAUUUUGAAUUCAUUAAUUUUGUGGACACGAUGCGAAGCAUGGCAAGUUCUGGUAACUCAUCACGAGGUAAUAUUGCUGCAAUCGUUGGUGUGGGUCCCAAUCUGGGCCUCUCCAUCGCUCGCAAAUUCGCUCACGAAGGUUACACCGUUGCCAUCCUCGCCCGUGACUUAGGGAGGCUUUCGCGAUUUGCGGAGGAAAUUGCGAGAGAAGAAAAGGCACAAGUGUUUGCGAUAAGAAUAGAUUGUUCUGAUUCAAGAAGUGUGAGAGAGGCAUUCGAAGGUGUUCUUUCUCUUGGAUACGUCGAAGUUCUUGUUUACAAUGCAAAUUACCAAUCACCCCUUCAAUCCAAACCUACUCCUUUUCAACAUCUCCCACUUCACACUUUCCAAACUUCCCUCGCGGUUUCCUCCCUCGGCGCCUUCAAUUGCGCUCAACAGGUGCUGCCGGGGAUGAUUGAAAGAGGAAAGGGAACAAUUCUCUUCACUGGCUGUUCAGCUUCUUUAAAUGGCAUUGCCGGAUACUCCGAACUAUGCUGUGGGAAAUUCGCUUUGAGAGCACUAUCGCAAUGCUUGGCUAGAGAGUUUCAACCUCAAGGAGUGCAUAUAGCCCAUGUUAUUAUUGAUGGUCUUAUUGGCCCACCAAGAGGAUCGUCGUCAAGGGGAGAUGAGGGUGUUAUGGACCCGGACGCGUUGGCUCAAACAUAUUGGCAUCUACACAUUCAGGACCGGAAUGCAUGGACCCAGGAAAUGGAUGUUCGUUCAUCCAUAUUCUAGAUUCUUCUUCUUCUACUAGCUACUCAACUAAACAACUCAUUUGUCUAAUCUUCCUCCCCACCAAUCCGUAAUUUAUGUCGCUUCAUUAUUUUCAUGUCUCUCUUUUGCCCUCAAUCAUGUCUUCCUUGAUGUAAGAAUUAAUUAUAUGUUUCUUACUAUCGUCGACCUUCCGGACUUGUGUACAUAAAUUUGUUACACCAAUUAUCAUUAUUACUAUUGUUUGCUCAACUUGUAACUA